AUGAACUCGCUGUUGCUCCUGUACCUAAAUCUAGUUCGAGGUCCUCAGAUCGUGGCCGCUCGUCGGAAGAAGGAGGAAAUGGAAAAACGUGCACGGCUGGAAGCGGAGAUAGCGAGCGGCAAAGUGCCCAAUAUAGCAAGCUGUAAGAAAUGCGAUGCACCCGUGGACCGCCUGUCGGUUGCCGUCGGAGUAGUUACGCCCACAUGUGCCACGUGUCUAGACAAGGAGGCGGAGAAGCUGCGCGUGGCAAAGAUGGAAAUGCGAAGGGAAAUCAAGAUGUCGCCUUUUCUGUGGUUCCAAGUGUUUAUCAUGCUGCUUGGCCUCACUGUCUUCUUUCACCGGAAUAUCAUGCCGCUGUUUUAA